AUUGACAGGGUGUAAAAUACCUAUGUAUUGCAUCCAUCUCAAAAUCCAACCUAAUGCAGCCACGUGUCACACGUCCCAGAAUAUUUCCCGCCCAUUCUGAAGCUGACAUGGCGUACCUAGUGCUGUGAUUUGCUACACUGCUGCUCUACAUGACUACAUGCUUACAUUAAUGCCCAGCACAUCAGUGCCACUGUGACACAGGUGCACUGUGCACACACACCCGUGGCCAGACACUGGGUUCUAGCUCCAAGGAAAGUCAAGGGCUUUUGGGUUGCAGAAACGGGGAUUAAUUUUGUGCCAGCACUUCAGCAUUUAUUCAUUGCUGGGGCUGUCUUGACGAUCCUUUUGCAUUACAAGGUUUGUGGUGUAUGCAUUCUAAUUUUUUGAUAUGGAUAAAAAAGAUUUGGCUAAGAAAAGGAAUAAGAAGGCUUAUGGAUCUGUAACUCGAAAAAGGACCAGUGGUAGAAACAAAUCAAAAAAUGCUUCUGUAGAUAAUGAGCUGGCAGUAGGGACUCUGAAGGACGAAGUAAUGAGAAAGGCUGUUGUUGGUAGGUCUAAGAGGGAGGAAUCUGCUGCAGAAAAAAGUAGUAAAUCCAAAGAUGUUGAUUUAGAUGAUGAUCUGAAAAUAGGGGCCCGGAAGACUGAAGUAAUGAGGAAGGCUUCUGGUAACAAGCCUGGGGGGGAGAAGUCUGUUGCCAAACAGGGUAGAUCUAAGGAUGUAACUGUAGAUGAUAAUCUGACAAUGGAGGUUUUGAAGACUAAAGUAAGGGGGAAGGUUGCUGGUGAUAAGUCUAAGGGAGAGAAAUCUGUGGCCAAAAAGAGCAGCAAAUUGAAAGACAGUGAUGUAGAUGAUGCUCUAAAAAUAGGGGUCCUGAAGGAUGUAGUAAGGAGGCAGGUUUCUGGUGGUAAGUCUAUGGGAGAGAAAUCUGGAGCAAGAAAGGGUAAGGCAGGAGGUGGGGCCAAACUUAUUGUGAAAGAAGAGGAUGCAGAGGAAACUAUGAUGGAGGACAGUAAAGAGGACACAUCUACUCCAGUGAAGCGAAGGAGGGGAGCAGAUGGGGAAAUAGUGCGGGCAUUUUUUUUGUCCCCAGAUAGAAGUUCAUCUAGGCUUCGCCCAAGAAAGGAGGUGCCUGCUUUCCGGUUGGUAGAUUUGGGCGAUGAUGACAAUGAUAAGAUCAUUGGCAAAAGAGUUAAGGUUUACUGGUCUGGAUCACGAAAAUGGUUUACCGGAUGCGUCAAAGCUUUUGAUUACGAGAAGAAGCUGCAUAAUAUUCUCUAUGAAGAUGGUGAUCGUGAAAUGUUGGAUUUGAGGAAAGAGCGGUUUGAGCUUGAAAUUAUGCCUACUGACAGUUUCAAGUUGAGAACCAAACCCAAUUCUGAUGAAGUGAAGGGUUUGGAUGGUGAAAAGGUCGGUGCUGAAACUUUGAAUGAGGAUAUUGAGAUGGUGGAUGCUGAGAAAGUGGCAAAGCAGUUGGAGCCAAAGAAGAAAACUCCAUCAGAGAGAUCUUCCAAAGAAGGGAAAGAUCCUGAAGAUAAUAAUGCAGAAGAAGUGGAUGUGCUUUCUGAAAAAGCUAAGCAGGUGGUCAUUGAUGAGGCUCUUAAUGUUGAAGAACCUCCUGAUGCUAGUAAUGAAAAAGAGCAAGAUGAGUCUAAAAUGGAUGAAGAAGCCACAGAAGUUGUUAGAACGGAAUCCAAUUCUGAGGUGAAAGAAUUGAGGUCUGAUAAUGUGGAAGGGAGCAGAAAAACUAUGAAAGAUGACUUCAUUAAGGUAGGCAAUGCUAAAUCAGAGAAAAAGCGUGUGAGCUCAAAGAAAAGAGCAACUCCCAGAGCUGUGAAAAAGAGAAGCUUCAGGUCUCAGAGCAGGAAAGAAAGCGAAGAGAAAGAGGACCUGGAUGCAAAUGUGGAAGUUGUUUCACACCUUGAUGAAAUUAAGAACAAUAUUAUACAUGGUGAUGUUGAUGUUGACAAAUCCAUGGAAGCUAACUAUCAGGAGGAUGGUGAGAAGACUGAUUCUAUUGCAAAAGAACAAUGUGAAGAAAAAUGUGGAAUUUCAUCUGAAACCCAACAUGACACAACAGAUCUCAAUGUCGAGAAGAAAGAAGAUGAUCUGGUAGAAAAGCAGAUUGAGAUAGAAGAUAGAAAGGUUUCAAAAGAAGUUAGAAAUAGGUUGAGUUUGAGCUCAAAUCCUCAAUGUGUGGAAGAUGGUAUGGAGGACCUUGCUGAAAAUGCUGAAGUUUCUGUUCUUCCUAAUGAAGUCGAGGAGAAAGUGAGAAACAGAAAAAUCAAUGUUGAAGGGCCCAUGGAUGUUGAUACUGGGAAAAAUUUCAAUGAGACGGAAACACUUUUGAAAGCAGCAAAUGAAGGGGCCUGUGAUAUGUCUGGUGAUGUGCUGCCUAAGUUACCAAAAGCUCAAGAAGAAGAUCCUGAAAUUCUGCAGGGUAAACUGACUGAGAUCAGUGAAUCUGAAGAAGGAAUAUGCCAGAAGGGAAACUUGACCAGGCACCAAGGAUAGCAAAAAAGCCGAAAGCCUAACUAAAUCUGUCAGAAGGGAGCACGCCCUAUUUCAAACGUAAUAAACAUCUGGUGUUUGAGGAUGAAACUAGCUUUCGACUGCAAGAAUGCAUCAUAUCUGAGGUUGAUUGUUGGCUUCAAUCCUUGAAAUCAAUGGCGUAAAUGGAAAAAUUGCACUGAAUUGUGCAGUCAAAUUUCUGUUCUUCAUCGCUUUUCUUUUUUUCCUUUUCCCCUUGUCUCUGCAAUCAGAAAAGCAGAAACUGUGUACUUUUGCAGAGCAUGUCUUAAGAAGCUUUACAUAUAUAAGGACUUUUGCCUUUUUUAUUUAUGGACAUAGUCGUGCUUUCUAUUGU